AUAGGUCAUAGUUGUUUAUACGCGAAGUCAUGAUAAACGAUAAAGUACAGAGAUCCUAAAUUAUCGUGAUUAAAAGAAAUUAAAAUAGAGUUUUGGUAGCGAUCGUACGAUUUCGCAUAGGGAAUAAGGACAGACAACUGCUUGUAGUAUUUUUCAAGUUCUAAAAUGGAAGAACAUAAUUUCCUAACAUCUUUCCUAAUUGUUUCCAUGGUGACAUGCGCAAUGGCUGACUAUGACUGUAUAUGCAAUUACGCCGUUGAGAACGCAAUUUAUCCAAACUCUAACGGCAACAGUCAACCGAUCGGAUACAUGUACGAGUUUGAUUGCAAGCCUGAAUUUGAGGACAAGGGUGGCGAUUUUUUCGGUAUUCAAUAUGAAAAGCAAGUAGGUUACAUAGCCAAGUCACAGCAAGUUCAAAGACAAAUCUGCCCUGGAGAACCACCAGAUGGAGAUCGCAUUCCAACAACAACGACAAUGAAGUAUGUUGUCUCUACUGAGGCAUUGACAACAUCUACAAAAACAACAUCUCGAUCUACAACACAACAAACAACCACUCCGCCAACCAGUACAAGCACUGCAUUCGUUACUACUACACAAGUUCCAAGCACAGAAAGAUCAACAACAAAUACACCAACAGUGCAUACGUCUACGACACCUUCAACAACAACAAGACCUACUACUGUUACUACAACAACAUCGACUCCUUCAACCACAACAAAAAUGACCACGCGUGCAACAACGCCAACCACACAAGUACCAACUACCACCCCUACAACUCGUCCUACGACCCCAACUACAACACCCACUACGACAGAGAGGCCUACUACAACACCGGCACCAGUCACGUGGCCGAUAGGAACAUAUGGUCUUAUGCAAACAAGACAGGGAUGUCCAGGGGGCAACACACGAUGGGUUACAGGUUAUAGAAAACAGGAUACAGAGGAUAGUGAUUCACAUAACUAUUUCUCUGCUAACAUUCAGAACUACCUUGGAGGUGAAUUUGCAAGCAACAACUUAGCGACAGCUUUCUGUAUAAAGGAUACAGCGACUACUAGCCGAUAUGAUAAACCUUGGCCUAGGGGAACAUAUUGCAUACUCAAACAUAAGUAUUGUCCAGCAGGUUUUAGAAGCGGGUUUAUAUUUUGGGACGAUGAAGAUUCCGGAAACGGUAACAGUCAUGGUGGUGCACUUCCAGAUGGGACAUACGAUGGUAAUACCAAAAUAUAUUAUUGUUGCAGAGGCGAUGGACGUACAAGUUCAGAAAUAAUUCUACCAACAGAAAGACCUUUUAUCUUAUUACGAUACGGUACCGUAUGUCAGUCUGUGCAUGGUAUGAGUGUACAUGACGUGUAUGUUCGAUGGGACGACGAAGAUACGUUAAAUUCAUCAGGCAGAGGCGGCGUUCACCCGUACGAUGAUGGUGGUAGCAAAGACCAUAUUCUACACUUUUGUUAUUACCAGUCUUUAGGAGGACCUUCUUUUGUUGGUUAACGUUGUUACCGUUUUACAACGCACCAGUUAAAGACACGUCUGUGAUAUAAAUUUUAGUAUAUCUACGAUGACUGUACUUGACUUUCACAUUUACUAUAAAAUGGAAUGAAGCUUAUCUUUAAAUAUAAUAAAUUAAAGAAAAACAGCUUCAUUUCAUAAAUAAUAUCUCACCGAGACUUACAUAUUGCAAAAUUAAUUGCACAACUUUUCAUUUCCUUGCGAUAAUAUCAGUCAAAUACAGAGGUAUCGCUGCAAUACAUUUUUAGAUGUCUUUGUCCGUUUUUUCUCGGCUUUUAUAAGCUGUUACUUGCUUUACAGUUUGAUAAUAAAAUGUAACACACAGA